AGCCUGGAAUCUGCCAGGCACCCCACGGCUGGUGGCUUGAUGCCGUGCCUGGGUUUGGCACCAUCUCGGUAAGCAGUCAUGGGUUUGGUGGGACCUCCUGAGACCAUCAUUUUAGAAUUACAACAGCCAGCAUCACCGAUCCCUUGAUCUUCAGGAGACGCCGCAGGAGACGCCUUCAACCUCCCCUAUGACUAACUCCCCUUUCCCAAAGGGACAACGCUCCACGGUGGGCUCGGCAAGCAGGACGCCGGUGGAGCCAAUGCCCAGAUUGGAGAACUGCGCCUGGAGCUGUGCUUGCGCUGCCAGAGGAAGACACAAAACCCAGCUGGGGGACACGGCGGCUGGGCUGGCCGCCAAGGUGGGCGAGAUGCUGAGCUCCUCGGUCUCCAGCCCUUCGCUGACAUUGGUGGGUCAUGGAGCACGCACCCCCGGCACCUCCAGUGCCAGCAGCACCAGCAGGAGCAGGAGCAGCAGCACUUUAAACUUAAGUCAACACCUAGUGCAGAGGAGCGUGGUCCUCUUCGUCGUCGGCGCUUUCAUGGCCCUGGUUCUGAACUUGCUGCAGAUCCAGAGAAAUGUGACUCUGUUUCCUGACGAGGUGAUUUCUACUCUCUUCUCCUCCGCCUGGUGGGUGCCCCCGUGCUGCGGGACUGCCGCUGCUGUUGUUGGCCUGCUGUAUCCCUGCAUUGACAGCCACCUUGGGGAACCACACAAGUUCAAGAGAGAGUGGGCCAGCGUGAUGAGAUGCAUAGCAGUUUUUGUUGGCAUUAACCAUGCCAGUGCUAAACUAGACUUUGCAAACAACAUGCAGCUGUCCCUGACUCUGGCAGCCCUAUCGCUGGGUCUCUGGUGGACAUUCGAUCGUUCAAGAAGCGGUCUCGGACUUGGAAUUACAAUAGCCUUUGUAGCAACUUUGAUAACUCAGUUUCUUGUAUAUAAUGGUGUUUAUCAGUAUACAUCCCCAGAUUUUCUUUACAUCCGUUCUUGGCUCCCAUGUAUAUUUUUCUCAGGAGGUGUGACUGUAGGAAACAUAGGACGCCAACUGGCUAUGGGUAUCCCAGAGAAACCACACAAUGACUAAACCUUCCCAGAAGACAGCACAGUGCCAGUCUGAAAGCAACAUUACGAAGAUGUGUUCCUGUUUGAAACUGAAGAUUAUUUAGAAAAGAAGAAAAUAAUCUCUUUAUGGGCUCACUGCACAAAUGACUUGUGGGAAAAAAAAAACAAAACCAACCCACCCAAUUAUUAAUCCACUCUUAGAAUAGCCAAGUGAAAUUAACUGCUUAUCUUGAAAUCUUACCCUGAUUUACUACAUAAGCAUUUUCGUACGGCUGUUCUCUAGAAGAGUUUAACACCAAGUUGCAUACAAUUGUUCAGGCUAAGUGGCAGUUUUCCAAGUAUUAGAUUCCAGUGUAAGUUACUGAAGCAGCUGCUGUGUUUUAAAGCCUUGAAACUGAAAUUUAAUUACAAGCUCUUGUAUCAGUGCCCAAAGGAAGUAGAUUGAUGGUGCUUAACAAUGAUGAAGUGUGGUUUAAUAGGAAUAGUAUUUAUCCAAAUCUUUACAAAAAUAGGGUUGUUUAAAAACAAGAGUGGUCUAAACAGAUUAAAGGCAUUGCACUAAUGCUUUUAGGAGUCUUAUGAAGGAAUCUUGCCCUUCCUUGUAAUGCUGCAUUAAGUUUCUCUGAUGAUGAAGGGAGUUGAAGGGACGAAAGUUUGGAAAGCACUUAGUUUGGAAUUCCUAAAUUCAGUACAGUAGGUGAGCACUGGAGACAAUCUUAUUCAAAUGUGAGAUAUAUCAAAAAAUACCAUCUGGAAAUCUCAUUGAGGUUAGCAUUGUAAGAAUCAAGUUUUGGCCCCAGUUCAGUCAGAAAUUGAAGUGUGCAUGAGUACUCCUUAAUAUUAAACAUACGCUUCAGUAUCUCACUGAAGGAGGACAUCAGUAUCUUAAGUGUCUGUGGUGUGGCUGAAAAAGCAUGCAUUGCAGGCCAUUGGGUGUAUGCCCCCAGCUCCUUAGAUCUGCACUUUCCUCCUAGAGGUCUCCUUGAUCUUGCUCCUGUUUGAGUCAGGAUUUUGGCUGAAGUGAUUUGGGAACAGAAGCAAGCCUCAAAUGCAAUUUAAACUCUGUGUGAAGAACAGCAAACAGCUUGUUUUCUCAGUUCAGUUUCUGAAAGAGAUCACUACUUGGUUUUUGACUACCCUAUAGACCUUGCAAUCUGUGAUUGCCUUCUUAAACAAAAACAAAAAAGUGCUUGUGUCACUACAUUAAACAUUUGGUGUUUCUUAAUACUUAGUUCUGGUGAGCACAACAUAUUCAUUUGAUAGCUUAGACCACAGGAGACCUAAAUAGCAAGUAUUAGGUCUUGAAGUUGAAGUGCAAUGUACAGUAAAUCUGAGCCUCAUGUUCUCUUCAAUAUCAAUCAUUUCUUAUGAGAGAUUAAAGAGAGAAGGGUUCUGAGUUCAUUUCAAUGCUGCAUGGAGUCAAAUGGAGCAAUAAUUUAUUUAACUAGUCAGGUUAGUUUUGUUGUAUCUUUCAUUGAACCCAAAUUUUUAGACAUACUCCAAGUUUGUGAUUAUGGUGUACUUGUAAACUUUUAUGCAUUUGCCUUUUUUUUGGUUGUUGUUGUUGUUGUAUUAUGCAAUUUGUUUUGUGUGUGUUCAUUUCCAAUCUUACAUGGCUUCAGCUAUAAAGGCAUCAGUUACAGACUGAUGGUGAGGCCAGGUAGCAGUGUUCUGCCUAUUUUCACUCUUCUAAGGGAAUGCUAUAACUGCUGCUUGUGCUUUUAUUUUUGUUGGUAGCAGGAGAGGUUUAGGACAAAGUCUGAAUUACAGAGCAGACCUCAAUUCUGAUCUUGCUUUGGUGAAAAUCAAGCAUAAUUUAAUUGGUGUAAUUCCUCAAAGGUUUCAAAUUUUAAAGAAUCAACAUUUUGUAGGACUACUUGAAGAAAUUAGGUCCUCAGAUCAGAUCAGGACUGGAUCAGCUCAGCUGUUAGAAGAAGUAUGCUACCUGUUGGGGAGAGAGUUUUGUAACCAUCUUGAAACCAACUUCAAAAUGUAAAACCAGAUGUAUGUAAAGAGGACAGGUCUCUAAGGAUAUUUGAUCAGUGGAGAAGUAUUUAAGACUUAUUUUCCAGAGACUGAAACUGAAUCUGUACGUGUUAGAGAUAAUGCAGCCAAAAAUGUUAAGUCAAAAGUUCAUUUUUUGCCAAUAUUUCUGAGUAUCUUAACCAAAGUGAUUUAAGUGUGGAAGAGGUGGGGAAAGGAGUCAAGAACAUUUGCACUAUUCUGAAUUUGAACACUUAAAGUCUCAUUCUUACUGAUAAGUUUUCAGCAGUGUGUUUGGUUUUACACUUUUUUUACUAUUAAAGUUUUAAGAUCA